GAACCGGUGGAGCAGAGGAAGGCUCCUGGGUCAAUCCAAGGGAACUCCCCUGGGCUCCCGAGUUUCGGCAUUUUGCUGGCCGGCCGAUCCACCACGCCGACAGUGUCAAGAACCUCGGUGUGGCCUUCGGGAUGCUCCAAGGAAGCAUUCUUCCAAGGGACGCCCGGGCUAUCACCGGCUUGACCGAGGACAUUACGGCCGAGAUAGCUCAGGCCCUCUUCAAUGCUGGAGCUCGGGCAUUGGCUAUCAAUGACCGAUGCAAAAAGCAGGAAGAGGAGAACGACAAGCUUGCUCGGGAGCUGGCUCAGAAGGAGGAAGACCUCAAGCUGGCUCGGGAGACUUGCGAUCUUUACCUGGCGGUCUUCCAAAGAUGCGACAGGGAGAGAGUGGAGGCAGAGGCCAGAGCCGCCAAGGCCGAGGAGGAUGCCAAUACACUGCGAGUCACCCGGGCCACAGAGGUUGACUUUGCGAGGAAGAGGGGCUAUGAUGAAGGUUGGGAUGCAGCCGGAGUAGAAUACAAGAAAUAGGUUCGGGAAAUUGAGGCUGAGCUGCA